CUUCAUCUUUCCUCCAUCAUUCCUCCACCUACCACCUGUCUACCGCUGUUCUUGCAUUCUGGUAUAACGGUGAUAUUUAGCGACUGUAUGAUCUUUACUGUUCACCAUGGCGGACAAGGACAAGCUAGCGAAGUACCGGACGGAGAUCCAACAGAUGAUGUUCGUCUCCGGCGAAACCGGUGAACCCAGCGCCGAAACCACCACCCUCAUCGAAUCCAUCGUCCAGCAGCAAGUCCAAGAGAUGCUCCGCGAAUGCACCAACCUCGCGACGCGCCGCGGCUCCCGCUCCAUCUCCACCGACGAUCUCAUGAUGCUCAUCCGCCACGACCGCGCCAAGAUCUCCCGUCUGCGCCACUUCCUCCAGUGGAAAGAUGUCCGCCGCUCCGUAAAAGACAACUCCGACGACAAAGGCGGCGAUGCGGGUGCCGACAUUGGUGCCGGCGACGCUGACAUCGCUGGCGUGGCGGGCGGUAGCGGGCCAGCCGUCGAGACAGGCAAAAAGGCGAAACGCGCGAAGGUCGAUCUGGUGUGGGAGCCGCAGUCGUUCUAUAACGAGUUCGUGCCGGCCCGUGACGACGACAACGACGAGGAGGAGGACGAACAGAACUUCGCAACCCUUCAACGGCUCAAAAAUGCGGACGAGCGCACGAAGAAUAUGACGCGCGAGGAGUAUGUCCACUGGUCCGAUUGCCGACAAGCCUCCUUCACGUUCCGCAAGGGCAAGCGGUUCAAGGAAUGGGCGGGCUUCGGCAUCAUCACCGAGAGCAAGCCGAACGACGACAUCAUCGAUAUUCUGGGUUUCUUGACGUUCGAGAUCGUGCAGACACUUACGGAGGAGGCGCUGAAGGUGAAGGAUGCUGAAGACUUGUACAAGAAGGAGACAGGUGGCGAGCCGCAAAAUCGCAUGAAGCGCAAGAGGGAGAGCGGCCUGUUUGAUCCCCCGGAAGAGGCGCGCGAGCCGGUGCAGCCGUCGCAUGUGCAGGAGGCGUAUCGGAGGCUGCAGAGGGGCAACAACAAGAGCAGGGCUAUGCUCAACUUCACGAGGAAUAUUCAUCGGAGCGCGUUGAAGCUGAUCUAAAUUCCGAGCGAUGAAUAGAGGGAUUAGGACGUCUUGUUUCAAGACCAGCAGUGGAACCACUCUAUGGCUGAUGCGAUUGGAGACUCCUCAGCAAUAUGCACUCUGAUAUUCGGCGUCAUGCUGGUUCUUUUUACUGAUAUUAUCUCUUUAUGGCACUCAAGCGAUCUUCGGCGGGUUAGGCGUUUUGAUUUUUCUUCAAGGGACAUUGGAUGCACGAUACAAAAGGCGGAACGACUGGAAAAGAGGCGCAAUGGCAUUAAGGGACAUCGGAUCCCAAUAAGCAGGAUUGGAGUACUUGGACAUAUCCCACGGAGUCUUUAUC